GUGGGUAGUACGUCACGAGUCACGUGAUAAAAACCAUAAAGCAGAAAGGGGAAAUAACUUUGACAACUUUUAGAUAUUUGACUGUGGACUUACCAAGAGCACGAUGAGCGCAUUUCAACUUGAUCUCGGCCCGUUGAAAGAACCACUGGGAUUUAUACGUGUGCUGGAAUGGAUAUUCGCCAUAUUUGCAUUUGCUACAACGGGAGGGUAUUCUGGCUCAACAAGUUUCAACAUCCUGUGUCAAGUCAAUGGAAGCUAUGAAGUUCCUGUACCCUUCAGCUACCCUUUUAGGCUUAAUACCCAGAAUUACAAAGUCCCAACCUGCAAGGUCAAUGACACACACUUUGAUACCAGACAUUUGAUUGGAAAUUAUUCAUCAUCGGCUGAGUUUUUCGUCGCUGUUGGUGUUCUGGCUUUUCUCUACUGCACUGCAACGCUUGUGUUGUACCUGGGUUACCAACACCUUUACAGAGAGUCUCCCCGUGGCCCCAUUGUUGAUCUGCUGAUAACUGGGAUCUUCAUGUUUUUGUGGCUGGUUUCGUCUUCUGCCUGGGGGAAAGGCCUCACUGAUGUGAAACAUGCAACUAGUCCAAAUACACUUGUGUUGAUAACUGAAGUUUGUAAAACCAACAAGUGCACUGCUGGGCACGUUCCCCUAAUCGGUCGUCUCCAUUCCUCAGUGAUUUUUGGAUUCCUCAACCUUAUCCUGUGGGGAGGAAACUGCUGGUUUAUCUAUAAAGAGACGCCAUUCCACAAGUCAGUGAAUCUGCAAGAGGGAACAGGACAACCGUAAUGAAACAGCAGGUCCCAACUUCUACAUUCAUCAAGCAGGUGUUGAUGCAACACAACUCUGCCGACUUUGUGACUCGUGUCACAAAAGCACUAUAAGCGGUCAUCAUAUUUCUAUACUGUUCUAUACAAUUUGCACACACUACAGCAAAGCUGUAUAUUUGGAAAAUGUGCAUUGCUAUAUUUUAAAGGUACAAUUGCACCUGGGCACAAACAUGUAUGUACGAAGUAAAUUGUUACAGCUGUCAUUAAAAUGUUACAUUUCAUCUCUUUAGUGUUACUGUUAAAUUGUUGAAGUUACUUGACACUGUUACAACAAACAAAAUGUACCAAAUGUGUUUUUAAUACCAUUAACUGAAUGGUAUUAAGUUGGACAUAACCUGAUUUUGUGAUUGUUGUGUUAUCUAUUAUAGAAGUUGCUGUUGCACAUUCUUUUCUUCUCAUUGCUGUUUUUCUUUGACCUUGUCAUCUUAUAUAUAUUUCCGUUAUGCUUAAAAUGUCAUUUCUGUUUGAACCUUGAACUCAGUUUAAUUGUAAAAAAUGUUUACAUGUCAAACCAUGCGCAACAUUUUUUUAACUUUUUUUUGUAUGAGUUAAAGAAAAGUAGCGGAUUUAAUAAAAGCAUAAAGGGUUUAAUAUUUGUUGAAAUAAUUGUGAGGUUUUGUUACUUAGUUUGUGUAAUUCACACACAGAUGAUGUUAUUUGCAAAAACAUUUCAGUGGGGGUUUUCCGAGGUUAUUUACUAUAAGAGAAAGAGAUUGUACAGAAGAGAGAGUGCACAAUAAAAUUGUUCUUAAAUCAACAUUAACGUGUCUUUAUGAUAUAUUUUUUUCUUUGAAGAAACAUACAGACGAAUUUACAGCUCUUUACGCUGCAUUUUCUGCACUUAAAUAUUGAAUGGAUUUUUAAAUCUUGUAGUCUCGUAUGC